AUAAUAAGCGAAUUGUUACCCAAUUUCUAAUAACAUCUUCAACAUAUAAAAGCAGCCGCACUUUCAAAUCGUGUAGUCAGACUAAAACUUGGACUUCCAUCCAUCACUGAUCACACACUAAGGAUGAAUCGCAUCAUUAUUCUCGGCGCCCUGCUUGUCGCCGCUGCCUCAGCGGACGCUGGAUUCGGUGGGGGUGGUGGUGGUGGGGGAGGUCAAUAUGGGGGUCAAUCCGGUGGUGGAGGAGGCGGCGGGGGUGGCUAUCAACAAGCCCAAUUCGACGAAGGUCCUUCAUCUCAAGGAAUAGUUGACCAAGCUCUUUUGGCCCAAGUUGCGCAAGUCCUGUCCCAAAUGGGAGGAGGUGGUGGUGGUGGUGGGUACUCUGGUGGGGGCGGAGGGGGUGGUGGCGGUGGUGGGGGCGGUCAGUACGGGGCACCCCCACAGUCCGGUUAUGGAGCACCAUCCGGCGGUGGUGGCGGAGCUCAGUUGGAUUCUCCCAGAAAGGCCAAUCUUGUCGGAUCCUUCUCCAGCACUUCGGGAGGUGGUGGUGGUGGGGGUUACUCCGGUGGGGGUGGAUCCAGUGGAGGAUAUGGACGUUAAACAAGACGAUGUGACGACAAUGUCGCCACUGCUCAAUUGCUCAAUGAUAAGUAAUAAUAAUGCCAUUGAAUAAUUUGGUAUUAAAAAAAUAUUCCCUACAAAAAAUUCAUCCCCAAGAAAUUUAGCCAUCAAUUUGAGAUUAUUGCUAUAUUUCAGAAAUAAAUUAUUCUAUUUUGUGUCCCAAA